AUGGAUUCGACAUCUCGCUCCGGCCCUCAAUCGAGAGCUAUGUAUACCGAUCCCAACGAAGCUGAGCAAGUAUAUUCGUCUUCUCUGUUUGUUGAACCCACCACCAACUCCCACGUUCACGAAACGUCGCCACCUGUUGGGCUCGGAAUUUCCGCCUGUGGUCUUGAGAAUGCCUUUUCGGACGUCACAGCCUAUUCUCAUCUCACACCUUUAUCAACAAACUUGGCAACCCAACAUCAUGGUCUGCCAUUGAUGGAAAAUUACAUCUUCCCCCUUGGGGCCGAUGACUUUUGCGGCAGGUCAUGCUUCGAAAUCUACAGUGGGCUUCCACAAGAGUCACACCCGUCACUAUCGCCAUGUCAGGUUCCAGCACCGUCUUUGGGCACAUUCCAUGGCUUUCAGUAUCCUUCACCCAAUUACACCACCGGAAAUAAUGUGUCUCUAGGGAGUACACACUGCUUAACCAACAACUGGACGGGCAAUCCCGUUUCAGCGUCUAUAACACCACCGCAGAGUGUAUCUUUCGCCGCGGGGCCAGCUUUUUACAGCCCCUGGCCAGAGGAAUCACUCGCAGAGACAAGUUCCCCAUUACAGCCAGAGGUUCCAGUGCCAAUUCAAAGUGCAUUCCAACCUUCCAUUCCGCCUGUCUUUCCAAGUGGCUCAAACAGACUUUCGGGCGAUGGAUCCAUGACAGCCGUUUCAUUUGAAUCGCAAAAUAUUUCACCAACGGAGACUACAGCGGAUGCCUCCUCUCACAGACCAAGCAAACGAGGGAGAAAACCAUCUGUUGAGAAAGGGUGCAGUUGCCCGGUAUGCGGUUUCCACUUCACCCGACGGUCUAAUUGCGUCGCGCAUCAAAAGAAGCAUGACCCAACCUACCACCGAUCGAUCGCUUGUGACGAAUGUAACAAGUCCUUUGGCCGAAAUGCGGAUCUCCGAAGACACGUCGACACGAUCCAUCGAGGGAUGCGAAAGCAUGUCUGUAAAUGGUGCUCCCGACGCUAUACACGCGGGGAAAACAUGACCAAGCACAAAUUGGAGUGCGAAGAGAGACCCGCCGACGCUCGAACACCCACGCCUCCUCCCCAUUCUCUAGAGGCCGAAUAUGACUCGAUGAGUUCCUAUCCUCGCGUCGGGGACCCCAUCUAG